GAGAGCGAGGGAAAGAGAACUCACAAAGGAGAAGAAGACAGAAAUGAUUCACAUGAUUCACAGAGGAAGAGACAGACCCCGGCUAUAGAAGUGGAGACUGACAGAUGAGACAGAAACAGACAGAGAGAAACGGGAGGGGAAAAGGACAGAGAGAAACUACGGCAUUCAUAAAACAGUUGAGAAGGUGGAGAAAUUCUGAAAGAGAGAGAGAGAGAGAGAGAGCAUAAAACUAUUACAUUCACAAAAGGGGGAAGGGAGUGAGUGAGAGAGAGAGCUAGAUGAGAAAGACAGAGCAAGAGUGACGAGUGAAAGACAGAGAGAGAGAGAGGGAUGCAGAGGAAAGAAGUGGGAGUGCUCCUUAUCUUGUCACUCGAGGGAGACCACUAAGGGUUAGACGGCAAGAGAGAGAGAGAGAGAGAAAGAGAGAGAGAGAGAGAGAGCUCUCUGCUUCUCACAUGGUUGCACAGCAGGCAUUUCCUCUUGUCUUAAGCCGCGCACAACUCUACUGGGAUCUACGGCGAGCGAAAAUAAAACUGGGAUACAUCGUCCUCCCCGCGGAGUCUCGGGAAGAACCAGCCUGUGAACGCGUUGGUGUGUAUUUGUGCAAGAGAGGGAGUGUAAGAUACAAAAGUCAGAGAGACAGAAAGAAGGAAAAGAGUGAAGAGUUGGAGAGUGGGACGAGCCCUUGACGAGUCGACUUUGCCCGGUUGGACUUGUCGGCGUUGGCUGAGGGUGAGCGGACGCCCGGUGAAGCAUGCUGCAGACCAUUUACGAGAGCGAGUCGCGCAUCCCCUCUGACUGGCUGCGGAAGAUCUUGGAUGCGCACACCAUGCCUAGUAGUGUCAUUGGCACAGGCAUGAGUGCAGAGCUCUUAGCCGCAGCUGCCGCGGUGAGCAGCAGCAGUGGAGCCAUGGGUGCCGUCGGCACAGGCAGCACCGGCGGCGGCGGCAGUAACGGCAGCGCCAGCGGUGCCAGCAGCGGCAGCAGCAGCAGCAAUGGGAGCGUGGAGGAGGCGGAGAUGCGCAGCUGGGAGCGGGACCCGGAGCCGGAGGAGUGGGAGCAGGAGCUGCAGAGGGAGCUGCUGCUCAUCCAGAGGCAGCAGUACAUCCAGAAGCAGCUGCUCAUCUCCGAGUUCCACAAGCAGCACCAGAACCUGCUGCGCCAACACCAGGCCCAGCUGCAGGAGCACAUCAAGCUGCAACAGGCUCUGCUGACGCUGCGGCAGCAGCAGGAGGCGCUGGAUGAGGAGCGCCGGCAGGAGGCAGAGGAGGAGCGCGAGAGGGAGGAGAAGCGCGAGGAGGAGCGGGAGCAGGAGCUCCACAGGAGGGAGCAGCAGCAUCAUCAUCAGCAGCAGCACCUCCUCAAUCAACACAGGAAGAAGGAGCGCAGCAGAGAGAGUGCUAUGGCCAGCACAGAGGUCAGACAGAAACUUCACGACUUCCUGUUGAGCAAAUCGGCGAAGGAGCCUUUGUCCAACGGCACUGGACACCCAUCCGCCCACCGGCCCGCGAUCUGGUACAUGGCCACCCAGCACAUGUCCGUGGACCAGAGCUCCCCUCCACUGGGGGAGACUCCCCCUACCUUUAAAUCCCCCCUACCUACCGGCCUAGAUGGCAAGGAUGACUUCCCCCUCAGGAAAACUGCCUCCGAGCCCAACCUGAAAGUCCGCUCCAGGCUGAAGCAGAAGGUGGCAGAGCGUCGGAGUGGUCCAAUCCCGAGGAGGCGGGACGGGAGUGUACUCGUCACCCCGCAUAAGAUGCGUGCCCUCGAGCUCAACGACUCCUCGACCAAUGACAGCUCUCCGGGCUCCGGACCCAGCUCUCCCAUUGGCUACUGCGGUGCAGACAAUAUGACGUCGUACCGACCCAGUGCUGUCCAUAUAGAGCGCUGCCUCUCUCAGACAGGCAUCCUGAAGGCUGAGGGCUCCAUGGCUCUUCUGAACCUCUACACCUCGCCCUCCCUGCCCAACCUCACCCUCAGCCUGCAGUCCGGGGCCUCCCCCAUCAGCGCUGCAACAGCGCUGAAGGAGAGAGCGGCAGAGGGCAUGUCACGCCAUUCCCUGGGCGCUGUGCCACCCGUCUCCCUGGAAACCAAAGUCAACAACAGCCACCAGGCCCUCCUCCAGCAUCUCCUUCUGAAGGACCAGAUCAGGCAGCAGAAGAUCCUCUCGCCUGGCACUGGCAGCGUCCCCGUACUGCCCUUGUCUCCCCUGGCGAUGAAGGAGCGGGCCGCCGCCAGCUCUCGACCCAAACUGCCCCGCCACCACCGGCCUCUGAACCGGACCCAGUCGGCGCCGCUGCCCCAGAGCACCCUGGCCCAGCUGGUCCUCCAACAGCAGCACCAGAACUUCGUGGAGAAGCAGAAGCAGUACCAGCAGCAGGUCCACCUCAACCAGAUUCUGUCACAGUCUAUCGAGCACCUCCGGCACCCCAGCGCUCACCUGCAGGAGGAGGAUGAGGAGAGCGGCCUACAGGAGCCGAGAGCCGAAUGCGCCACACUGCCCUCUGGUGGCGUCAUCCGGCACCUCAGCCUGAGCAGCAGGAGCAGCAGCAGCAGCACCUCCUCCGGGACCGGCACCGGCAGCUGCAGGACCAGCAUGGAGACCGAGCCCAGCGAGAUCCAGAUAGCCAUCGUCAAGGUGAAGGAGGAGCCGUCGUCCGACACGGAGGAGCAGAUGGACGAAGGGGGGAGGGAGAGUGGAGGGAGCCGAGGGGGAGGAGAGGCAGAGGUCGAUGGCUGUCUGAGGGAGGUGAAGACGGAAGACAUGUCGGCCAUGACUGAGGACUGAAUGUAGGGAGACAGAGAGAUGGAGAGAUGGAGUGAGAGAGGAGAGAGAGACGGAUGGGCGAUGGCGAGAUAAAACAACUUGGUCCUGUGUUUUGUGUCUUUUUCCCUUUCAUUUGUUCCGCUGGUCUUUCUCUAUCCCCCCCCUCGCUCUCUCUUUCUCCACUAUUUGCCUUCACUUCUCAAUCUAUCUCUGAUGCUCUGAUCUCGAUCUCACUCUUCUGUCGAUCAGUCUUGUCUUCGAGACGACAGGCGACAGACGUCUCUGUCAACAGGUGCCGCUUGAGUGCGUGGACUUGUGCCGUUGUGUGACUCUGUACUGUGAUCUCUCUUUUUGCUCUGUCGUGUGUGUCGUCUCUCCGUGUGUGUGUGUGUGUCUGUGCCAUCAUACGUGUGUGUGUGUGACUAGAAAUGUUACCACCACCACCACCGCUACCACUACCAGUUUCUCUCACUCUGCCUGUCAGCUUGGCCGCACAACCCCAGCCGAACACAAUGGGUCUAUUAUACCGCAGAUUAAAAAAAAAAAAAACCAUAAUGGAUAAAAACUAAAAAAAAUAAACUGUAGCAUUCUGACUCAUGAUGGCGUGUCCACCCAUAGGAGUCUCCGUAGUCUGAAUGGGACAAGAGCCGACUCAUCAAAGCCAUGUGCCCUUGCCUCUGUGUACCUCUGCUCUGUGUACCUCAGCUCUUGUGUACAUGUGUAUAUUUGUGACUAUGGGAGGUUGUGUGGGUGGGUGGGUGUGUGGGCGGGCGGGUGGGUCGAGGGAACUUUAAGAACUGUUCAGAGAACAAAACGCAGUCACACAUUUAGAUGAAUGUCCCUCUCACGGCUUCGCUCUCAAAAACAUCUGUCUUUUGUCUCCUUCCACUCUCAUUGUCAAAUAAUCCAAAAUAUGUGGUUCCAGGCAGCCUCGCCCCGUGCACCCGAAAUAUCAACCCCGCUGACUAAUUAAGAUAAUUAAUCAGUCAAACUACUGACUCAUGUUCUGGAGUGUACACACGAUGGAGACGUUGAAGGUGUGCAGAGAAGGAGCUGGCAGGAAAAAUGAUCCUGCAUGACCGAAACAGAAAUGGAAACAGCCUUUUCUCAGUGUGACAGUUGGUUGGGAGCGGUUAAGGUUACUUCUUAGAUUAGCCUUUCCAAAUACGCACAGAAAGUGAUUGUGUACUGUGAGCAAGAGAGAGAGAGAGAGAGAGAGAGAGAGAGAGAGAGUGAGAGUGAGAGAGGCAAAUGUAAAAUAAAUGAAGGAUUAAAUUUGAUUAGUUGCAAAAUGGGCCUGGAUUAAAUUAUUACAUGGAGUUUGAUUGUUUUCUGUAUCGGGUUGUAUGUGUGUGCGUGUUUUUAAUGUACGUUUAUUCCUGAUGUUUUUUUUCUUUUCUUUUUUUAAGAAAUAAAGUUUACUUCUGUGUUACUGAA